GACAGAAGAGAGGAGGCUAUUUUAGAAGAUUAAGGAAAGAAUCCAACAGGAAAGUGUGAUUAUUGCCAGGAAACAGAGACCGUGGAGCAUGUAUUGCUACAGUGUGGGCAGUAUCAGAGGAAAGAGAGAGGCUGAGACCUAGUAUGGGGGAGAAGGGGAUACAGGAAAUAAUUUUAAAGAUUAUAUUGAGUAGAACUUUAUUAGAUAUAGUCUCAAAUAUGUUGUUAUAUUUUUUUUAAGCAACGGGGCUGGCAGGUAGGAUUUAGUUUCUCCCUGCCUCUGGCCCAUACUCCAGUACAGAAGGUGGCGAUAAUGCACCAUAACGUUUGAUGCCAACCGCCGAUAAACCCCACCGAAGAGAAGGAAAACAUCAAUCUACUGUUGCUGUCUCCGCUUAGUUAUCUCGCAUGAAAUAUAUAUCUAGAAACAUUGAAUAACGGCAACCUAGCUACUAUCUUGAAUAUUGAAUGUUCAACAUGGGUUACAAUAAAUUCAGAGUCAACGCUACUCGGAAGAUGUCGAAGACGUUAGCCUUGACCGUUCUAACCUGUUUGUCGUUCUGCAUCAGUGUUUGCAGGGCAGAGGAUAGUGCCAUGGAGAACAUCGUAACAGAGAGGAAGGUUGAAGAUAACCACAGACAAGACAGUGCCGACCUGCUGAUUUUCAUCAUGCUCCUAACCCUUACGAUUUUAACUAUAUGGUUAUUCAAGCACCGUCGUUUCAGGUUUUUGCAUGAAACGGGACUAGCUAUGAUCUAUGGUGUGCUGGUUGGGGUGGUCCUGCGCUAUGGUAUCCACGUACCCCGUGACAUUAGUAACGUCACCCUCAGUUGCCAUGUCAAUGCCAGCCCGCCCACACUGCUCGUCAACGUCAGUGGCAAGUUUUACGAGUACAGUCUGAAGGGUGAGAUCAGCCCCUCUGAGAUCAAUGAUGUACAAGACAACGAGAUGCUUCGCAAGGUGACCUUUGACCCCGAAGUGUUCUUUAACAUCCUCCUGCCCCCCAUCAUCUUCCAUGCCGGCUACAGUCUGAAGAGGAGACACUUCUUCAGGAACAUGGGCUCCAUCCUAGCCUAUGCCUUUCUGGGAACAGUCAUAUCAUGUUUCAUCAUUGGGUUGCUGAUGUAUGGCUGUGUCACGCUGAUGAAGCAAGUGGGACAGCUUAAUGGGGACUUCUUCUUCACUGACUGCCUGUUGUUUGGAGCCAUCGUCUCUGCUACUGACCCCGUGACGGUGCUGGCCAUCUUCAAUGAGCUGCAGGUGGACGUGGAUCUGUACGUUCUGCUGUUUGGAGAGAGCGUUCUCAACGACGCCGUGGCCGUGGUGCUGUCCUCGUCCAUCGUGGCGUACCAGCCGGAGGGGGACAACAGUCACACCUUUGAGGUGAUGGCCAUGUUGAAGUCUUUCGGGGUGUUCCUGGGUGUUUUCAGUGGAUCAUUCGCCCUGGGGGUGGCCACCGGGGUCAUGACAGCACUCGUCACUAAGUUCACUAAGCUGAGAGACUUCCAGCUCCUGGAGACGGCUCUCUUCUUCCUCAUGUCCUGGAGCACCUUCUUAAUGGCUGAGGCCUGUGGCUUCACAGGUGUGGUGGCGGUGCUGUUCUGUGGGAUCACUCAGGCUCACUACACCUUCAACAACCUGUCCCCUGAGUCCCAGGACAGGACCAAACAGUUGUUUGAGCUGCUGAACUUCCUGGCGGAGAAUUUCAUCUUCUCCUACAUGGGUCUGGCGUUGUUCACUUUCAAGAACCACAUCUUCAACCCCGCCUUCAUCGUCGGGGCUUUCCUGGCAGUGUUCCUGGGAAGAGCAGCCAACAUCUACCCCCUGUCCUUCCUGCUCAACCUGGGACGCAGGAACAAGAUCAGCUCCAACUUCCAACACAUGAUGAUGUUUGCUGGUCUGCGCGGGGCGAUGACCUUUGCCCUUUCCAUCCGGGACACGGCUACGUACGCCCGUCAGAUGAUGUUCACCACCACCCUCCUCAUCGUCUUCUUCACUGUGUGGGUCUGUGGAGGGGGAACCACUCAGAUGCUCUCCUGCCAGCACAUACGUGUUGGAGUCGAUUCGGACGCAGAUAACACAAUGAGCAUUACAGAGGGAUCAGAGCGGCGGAGCACCAAACACGAGAGUGCCUGGCUCUUCAGGAUCUGGUACAACUUUGACCACAACUACCUGAAGCCCAUCCUGACCCACAGCGGCCCCCCACUCACCGUCACCAUGCCUGCCUGCUGUGGACCACUGGCCAGAUGUCUCACCAGCCCACAGGCCUAUGAGAACGAGUGCCAGCUGAAGGACGACGACUCGGACCUCAUCCUGACAGACGGGGACAUCAGCCUGACCUACGGUGACAUCACUGUGAGCACGGACGCCAGCGGCGCCCACACCAGUGCCGGGCCCGCGGGCACCACCUCCGCCGUCAUCUCCGCUGACGACCUGGACCGCGAGCUGACGUACGGGGACCACGAGCUGGUGAUGAGGGGUACUCGUCUUGUCCUGCCCAUGGACGACUCCGAGCCCCCGCUCGCCGACCCACGACACCGCAUGCGGAUGUGAGGCGAAAGAGAGAACAGCUAGCCAGAUGACCAAUUCACUCUACGUCCUGCUCCCCGCAGGAAUUAGAUCAACUAAGAUCAGCAAGAGACUGGUCUCUCUCUCUCUCCUCUCUCUCCUCUCUCUCUGUCUUUCCUCUUCUCUCAUACCGCUCCUCAUCUGUCUCUCUCUCUCUCCUCUCUCUCUCUGUCUUUCCUCUUCUCUCAUACCGCUCCUCAUCUGUCUCUCUCUCUCUCCUCUCUCUCUCUGUCUUUCCUCUUCUCUCAUACCGCUCCUCAUCUGUCUCUCUCUCUCUCCUCUCUCUCUCUGUCUUUCCUCUUCUCUCAAACCGCUCCUCAUCUGUCUCUCUCUCUCUCUGUCUUUCCUCUUCUCUCAUACCGCUCCUCAUCUGUCUCUCUCUCUCUCUGUCUUUCCUCUUCUCUCAUACCGCUCCUCAUCUGUCUCUCUCUCUCUCCUCUCUCUCUCUGUCUUUCCUCUUCUCUCAUACCGCUCCUCAUCUGUCUCUCUCUCUCCUCUCUCUCUCUGUCUUUCCUCUUCUCUCAUACCGCUCCUCAUCUGUCUCUCUCUCUCUGUCUUUCCUCUUCUCUCAUACCGCUCCUCAUCUGUCUCUCUCUCUCUGUCUUUCCUCUUCUCUCAUACCGCUCCUCAUCUGUCUCUCUCCUCUCUCUCUCUGUCUUUCCUCUUCUCUCAUACCGCUCCUCAUCUGUCUCUCUCUCUCCUCUCUCUCUCUCUGUCUUUCCUCUUCUCUCAUACCGCUCCUCAUCUGUCUCUCUCUCUCUCCUCUCUCUCUCUCUGUCUUUCCUCUUCUCUCAUACCGCUCCUCAUCUGUCUCUCUCUCUCCCCCACUGCCUCUCCUCUUUGAGUUUCUCAAGUGGUUAAUCCAUGUCUACCUCAUUAUUGUUUGUUAAUUUCUACUCCUGUCGCCAUCAUUAUAAUACGAAUCAUUUAUUCAUGUUUCCUUUUGAUUUGGUUAAACCGAUAGCUUUUCUCAGUUUGUCUUCUAACAGGACCCAAUGAAAGCACGUGGCAAUCUGCUCACCGUAGCGCUGCAGAGUCGUCUAUACGCAUGCAUUAGUCUGUAUGUGGAGGUCACAGUGCAACAGCUAGCUUAGCUAAUACUAUUUGUCUCUGUAUCACAGGGUGCAUAAUAACGUUGUUUUUUGUAAUGCGUGGGGAGUGGGUAGGUCGAGGGGCUGACUGAGUUUUGUAGCCCUGUUUUGGGGUCUGAUUCUGAAUGUUGCUGCCUUCUCUGUGUGAUCCAAGGGAUGCUGGCUGACUUAGUGGCUCGGCGUUGCAUUGUGUUGCUAUGCAUACGGUUAGAAUCAAGUGCCUGAGUGACCACUAGUUUAUGUUCCCUUUUUAGAAGUGAUACACUCCUCCGUCCACUGGGUGGCGACCUCUCUACGGCUGACAGGCUGCCUGUGUUUUGAGCCAUUGGUCUGUAGAUAGUUAACGAUGUUCUAGCCUGGUUCAACCAAGCUAACAAUAUAAUUCAGCUCGCUCUGUGUAACCUAGCACACGUCUUGGAUCUCCCACAAUGACCUCAGACUGUGACUUUGGGAGGUUUUGACAUCUUCUUUUAGAAGCUGAUGUCACUCACCACAGAAGCAGAAAAAAGGGCUGUCGUUUCGAGUGCGAGUUCUAAAUGUCCUGUACGGUGAAAGUUGGUGCCAUUCCUCCUUCAUUGACAUUUGAUGAAAAUUGAGUGCAGGCAGCCUGAAAAAACCUGCUGUAUUUUGCAACAUACUAUAAGUACUUUAGCUACAUCCUCGUUUUCACUGUAAUUCUAACACUAUACACGUGUAACAUGGUGUAUAUUUGACAUUGGGGAUUGAAAUGUUACUCAAAUCAAACCUAGUGUGUACUUCCAUCUGGGCUAAGCCCUUGCUUCCUAUUGGCUGAGAUCUAUCUGGUUUAGUUACAGGAGUACUAGAGGGAACAUGUUACAGUAGCUCAUAAUUAAGGAUCUAAUUUGCUUUGUUUUUGGCAAAUUUAUCUGGAUAAACAUUAAUUUCUUAUUCAAUUCUAUUUCAAAUCGAAUUUGCUUGGUUGGAUUAUUUAUGGAAAUGGCCUGAGUAUGUCCAUGUUAAACAUUGUUGAGGUGCUGCAGCCACACUGUAUGUAGUGGACCGCAGUUCAACUGUUAACUGCCUUGAGUCAUUGACUAUAUUGUCCCUGGUACUGUAUGCCGUGACAAAGGAUUGGUACAUACUAUCAGAAACAACUUGAAUAGGCCAGUUGGACUCAUAACAUUUAGAUUUUAAAUGAUCCAAAACUACAGACAUAUUUGUUAUUGAAAUGAUAUGAAGAUAUGUUUGAAGCAAUCAUUUCUGUGUUUCUAUGAUUCAGAGUAGAUAUUUAGAGAAAAGCUGGUAGGGAUCAGUUGAAGAAAAUGAAAUGGUUGUAGAAAAAUGUAUGUGUGCAAUACUUUAUUUGUGUAAAAUAAUCAAACAAUAGGUUAUAUUAGAUUCUAAUGUAUCCUAUAUGCCUCGCGCUACAAUGUAUGGGGGCUGGGUUUAUUUAUAGCUGAUGUCUGGCACCAGAGUGAGUAGCUCCUUUUAGCUGCUUGGCUACAUGGGGGUUUGCUCUGUGACGGGUCUGGGAUCAGUGGUGGCUGUUAAUGUGGUAUAACAGGAAGUGUUGACCGGACACCACCCUGACGACGCACUGUUGAUGUGGAUGGAAUCAGGUCCUGUGCCAGACAGCAUUACAAAGGAGAGAAAGAGAGCGAGGGCAGAGUAGGAGGGAAGUACAAAGAGAGGGACGGGGUAGGAGCAGAGGAAAGGGAGGUAGAGAGAAAUAGUGGACAUUCUACCUAUAUUCAAUGUUAUUCACUUUCGCACCUGGGGAGGGAGGGGUAGAGGAAGGCAGUGUACCACUUAGUGUUAUCUCCUGUUGUGCAGGAACCUCUGACGACGUGUGGUCUCCUUUUUUAUUUUUAUCAAGCAUGCCUCUUGACACCACAAUGUGCAGGAAAUGAUUUUUCUUCCCACCAUUUUAUAUAUCGUUUUUUUUCUCUCUCUGUUUUGUUUAUUCUUGAGGAAGAAGGGAAAUAAGGCGAGUGUCCGCGAUGGCGCAGCAUUUGCACUUGUCUUUUAAGAAACCUUUGUCUGAGUUAGAUUUGUCUUGUAAGUUCCAUUUGUCAUGUUUGUGUUGCUGUUUUUAAGGGGCUUUUGUUGGGGUUAUGAAGGAAUUGACAUGAAUCCUGUGAAUUAUGAUUUUUAGUAGAAACUCAUGGUCAUGUCAUAACUGUCAGAGGUCACGACCUGAAGGGUUGUAUCCAUUGAUGCACAGGUUAUGAUCUAUGUAACCAAGAGAAACAAGAUUGGCCUCCUUGCUUUUCCAUGCCACUGACUCCGUCUUCACUUUAAGGAAAAAAGAAAUCAAGCAAGAUCAGGACUGUGUACCAGUCUAUAACUAACAUAUGAAGUAAUGUAAUGUCAAAAAAGACCCAUUAUAGGUCACCUUAUACCUUGCCUGUACUGUUCUUACAGUAUGUGUUCUAUUGUUUUGAAAGAUGAAUGGUAACUAUGGUAACUUGUAAUUAACAUGUUGAUACUAGUCUGAAGUAGCUGACCAAAGGGGCUUGUUGUACUCUGUGUUUUCAGACUGUCCGAUGUGUUUAUACUGCUACUUCGCUGUGUGUGUCACACUGUGCUUCCUCAGUGUUGCAGGUACUGACUGUUUACAUCUCUGUAAAUAUUCUCACCUGUUCAAGUUGCGUGCAAUGGUCAAUAAACACAGCCUGUGCUUUUGAUUGAA